AUGAAUAGUAAUGAAACAUUACCAGACUUUUAUUUAAUUUUAGAAAUUGAAAAGUAUUGUAGUGAUGUUGAAGUAAUAAAGAAGGCUUAUAAGAAACUAGCAUUAAAAUAUCAUCCAGAUAGAAAUAUAGGAAAGGAGGAUGUCGAAAGAGUAGAAGAAAAAUUUAAAUUAAUAUCAGAAGCUUAUUCAGUACUGUCAGAUCCAAAAAAAAAAAAUGACUAUGACAACUAUAGACGUCAACAAGAGAAUCCAACAAUGUAUAAUCAACAAGGAAACAAUAUACAUUUCGAAAGAGAGCAUUUCAAUAGUGAUCAUUUUUAUGACAUUUUUAAUCAGUUCUUUAAAGCUACAUCCUCUGGAAUGUUUGGUGGAGGUGGAUCACCAUUCUUUACAAAUAUAGGUACACCUUUUGGCAGUAUACAUCAUCAACAUUUCCAUCACCAACAGCAUCCAUUUUCUAUUCAUAAUAACUUCCACGAGUCAAUUCAUGAAAUGCACAGAAAACAUGUUUCAAAUUUUAACAAUCAAUUUCAUAAUAAUAGACAUCAUUUUAAUAGUAAUUUUAGUUUCCAUAGCAAUUUUAGUAAUAAUAACAAUAACAAUAACAAUAAUAAUAACAACAAUAAUAACAAUAAUAAUAAUAACAACAAUAACAAUAAUAAUAACAAUAACAUUAACAAUUCAAGCUUUAAUAAUAGUUUUAAUGAGCAACCAAACCAAAAUAGAAAACCAUUAGUGUAUAAACAAAAGCUAUCAGCCGAAAUCUCAUUUAGAGAAUCAGUAUUUGGUUGUGAAAAGACAGUUUCAUUUUCAGUUUACAAGGAGUGUCCAGGAUGUAAAGGUAUAAAUUGUGUUAAAUAUUUAGAAUGUCCAAUGUGUUUAUCCAUCGGAAGAUCAACAUUUGGUUUUACCUGUACAGAGUGUAAUGGAAAGGGCAGAGUAACACAAAUUCUUUGUAACCAAUGCUCUGGAAGUGGUCAAAUUAAAACAAGAAUGGUCGAUGAGUUAUUGAUACCAGCCGGUAUUAAUAAUAAUGAAAAGUUAAAAUUAGAAUUGGAGAUAGCAUUCAAUAAAAAUAUAUCCGAUAUUUAUAAUCUUUAUGUUUCAAUUAAAGUUCAAAGCAACCCAUUAUUCCAUAGAGUUCCCAAUACAAACCAUGUAGAAACAACCAUUCCAUUGACAAUGCUACAAGCUCUACUUGGUACUACUCUCCCAAUACCAACAAUAUAUGGAAGCGAUUUGGUUAUUAAUGUACCCCCAUUCUCCUCAGUAAAUAAUGAUCCUUCAGAAUACUUUGUCACUGUUCCCAACCUAGGCUUUAAAGACUCGAAGGGUGGCGAAUCUGGAUCCUAUGUUGUAAAUUUCUCUGUCAAUUUACCCAAAUUAAGUGAUUUAUCACAAAGAGAAUUAGAACUAUACAAAGAAUUAGAAAAAAUUGAAUCUCAAAAAGAUAAACAAAAUGGAAAUAGCGCAAAUAACAAAAAUUCGAAUCUUAAUAAUAUAGAAAACCUAAUCAAUUUAGAAAAUAACAAUAACAAUAGCAGCAAUAAUAGUGAUACAGUAAAUUUAUAA